UAUAGACAGUGUGAUUAUUCAUUAAAUGGCGGCCCGUACUAUUGCAGGGGAUCGUUUAUUUAGCCAUUUUCUCCACGCCUCGUCUAGUAGCUCUCUUGAUCAAACCGCAUAACUUUUGCUGACGUAAAGUUUCAAACUAGGCGCUGGCCCCGUUUGAGUGAAAUAUUGACAUCGAAGUUAAUUCUAAAAACUUGCGUCUUCAAAAUGAAACAGCAACACGUGGAAAACUGCAAUUUCUCCUCAUGGUACCCACGUUUCAAGAACGUCACCAUUCGAAGUAAAAUCAUCCCGCUUUCAAAAGAGUUCGUGGAUUAUCUCAAAACGGACGGCGUUGUUUUACCUGGAAAACCAAGUAGUCUUCCCCGACACGAAGACGAUGAAAGUGAUAGCGAGGAAUGGCAAAAUCUCGAAGAAGAUCCAGAACAAGCUACCAUAGAGGCGCCUGAAUUUAACGACAUAGACACCAAAAUAAAGGAAGCAAUACAAGAACUAGGAGGCGAAGUCUUCCCUAAACUAAAUUGGAGUGCGCCUAAAGAUGCUUCGUGGAUAUCGCACGAUAACACGCUCAGAUGUAAAAGCCCUGGUGACAUUUAUUUACUGUUGAAAAGCUCAGAUACAAUUGAUAGGGUUUUAUGUGAUGCGUUUAUACACUGUGAGGACAACAGUACUCAAACGCAUGAUUCAUUUGAACUGAUUUUGCGCAAAUGGCAGAAUAUUUACCCAGCAAUGGAAUUCCGCUGCUUUGUACGUAACAACGAGCUUGUUGCAAUUUCACAACGUGACAUCUCCAACUAUUAUCAUUUCCUUGCUGAGAAUGAAGAUGAAAUAUGUGCAGAUAUUUUAAACUUUUAUGAAAGUAAAAUUGAAGAGAAGUUUCCAGAUACCUCUUAUGUAUUUGACGUAUAUAAGUAUGCAGAUCAGAAAUGUACUCUGAUAGACUUCAGUCCUUAUGGAGUGCCGACAAACCCUCUACUGUUCACAUGGAGCGAGCUGGAUACAGAGGUUGUCCCUGAUUUGUUGUUUAAGGUGGUUCCUAGUGCGAUAGGUGUUCAGCCAGGUCCAUUUGCAUGCAGUCGUUUGCCGCAAGACAUGGUAGACCUGACAAGUGGGGCCGACGUCAAUAAGCUUGUGGAUUUUCUAAAUGUUGGCAAUCUUAUUAGACGACCUGGGGAAGCAUCUGAUGAUGAUAGCUGACACUUAUAAAUCCAUUAAGUAAAGUUCUUAAAGAAACAAUAAUGAACACUAAAAAGUAAAUAAAUUAAUGACAAAUGCUGUUAAUAUUGUCAAUCAUGUCAUCAAUGCUGUUAAUAUUGUCAAUCAUCUUUCUGUAAGUGAUGCAAAAUAAUGGCAUACUUAUGUGUAUUGAAAGCUAAGGAAUAAAUAUGAAAAGCAAGUCCAAA